GGCUCCGCGUAAAAGAAUGGACGAGGGGGCUCGGGGGACCGCGGAGAGCGCGAGUUCGCUCGACAAGACGGCGCGGAGGCUCACCGACGACAUACAGAGUAUGUCGAAUUACAGGGCGCUCUACAGCGAGAUACAAAGACUCGUCGCGUCGUCCGCCGUGGACAAGGACGAUUUCAAGAACUCGCUGGUCACGGCACUCAAGGACAAUGGCCUGGAGACCGAGAUCAGGAACACGGUGUUUCACUGGGCGCGAUCGCGGGGCUCGCUGCAUUCUCGGUCAGUUUCGCACAUACAAGCAGCCGACCUGAGCUACCUGAAGAAGACUCAGAUUCAGUGGGAACGACGAAUACAGAAGUCAUUGAACUCGACAUGCGGCGAAUUGAACAUUCCACUGGCUCGUAUUAGACCCACCGCCGACAGGGACGAGCUGGCUGAAAAGUGGAACGAGUUGAGCACUUACGACAUUGAUUUAUCACAAUACCGGCCGCUUUACGCGCCGAAGGACUUCCUGGAUGUAUUGUUCUCCAUACGCGAUCCUUCAUUCAAAAAGCAGCCAGAUGAAUUAAACUGGGAUUUCAGUCACAUACAAAUUAGUGUAAAAACGCUCGCGCAAUUGAGGCGUAUGUAUUCGGAAUUAGCACAGGGAGUGCCCUUGCUGGGGAUCAAUUCCGAUAUGCCGGCCACGGAAAAUUUCCCAAAUUUGGAAGCCGAGCGAACGCACAUCGGCGAAAAGGUGUUGAACUCGAAUCAUGCCCCGAUUGCUCAGGAAUUUCUUAAGAGAGGAUCCCCUCGAGCGUUGCGCGGUCGUAUUUGGUCACUCGUUCUCGGAUCUGUUAUCAAAGAUAAUGAUAUAGAAUAUUAUGAGGAAUUGAAAAAUAUGGUUUUGCAAUACGAUAUUGUGGUAGACAAGCUGAUAAUAAUGGAUGUACAAUUAACGGCGAGAAACGACGAUCAGUACUUUGUAUUCGAAGACGUUUUGUACAAGACAAUGUUGUGCUUCUCGAGAGAUUCCGAGAUACUCGCGCCGGUCACAACUGACCGCAGUGCCGGGGGUCAAGUGAUCCACGCGGUUCUGCAGGGCAAACCAGCGACGCUGGAAAACACCCUGGUCUUUCCACCAAGUGGUGUCAUUCCGUUCCACGGAUUUACAAUGUACGCUACGCCAUUCUGUUAUUUAUAUGACGAUCCCUGCGCUAUGUAUUAUACUUUCCGUGCGUUCUACUUGAGGUACUGGUUUCGUUUGCACACUGUAUCGAGCCACGAGCAAGGUGUAGUUGCCCUCUGCUUACUCUUCGAACGAUUGCUGCAAUGCCACGAACCGCAGUUGUGGACCCAUUUCAAAAAUAUACACAUUCAGCCCAUAAAAAUAGUUUUCAAAUGGCUUAUGAGAGGCUUCAGUGGUCAUUUACCGCCCGAACAACUAUUGUACCUUUGGGACUUAAUUCUCGGCUACGACUCGUUAGAAAUUAUUCCACUACUGGCGGUGACGAUAUUGAGUUUUCGAAAAGAAAACUUACUGCAAGUUAAUACCCAACAGAAUGUAGAGGCUGUAUUAGCAGACUUAUCCUCGCUAAAAGUAAUGCCCUUACUGCAGCUGGCUCUCCUAAAAGAAUAAUAUUACUUAUACAUGAAAUUAUAUAAUUACGAGAUUUGUAAACUUUUCUUUAGGUUUGUAUCACUCCUCUCUCUGAUCCUACUUAUAUAUACAUUAUACUCCGUAAUUUUAUUCGUGAAAAUACAUCGAUGUCGAAGAAUA